CCUUCUUUGAUCCUCCUGCUACCUGACUCCCCCCUCCCCAUCAUGCCGAGCCGUCAGAAGCAGCUUCUCUUCUCUCUCUGCGGUGUCCUGGCCUUCUCCUGUGCUCUCAUGGCCGCCGUGGCGUCCGGCCUGCCAUUCUGGCUAAGUGGGACUGUGCUGUGCCGAACCGGAGCCGACCUGGUCAAUGCCACGGGGGCAGAGCUGGAGAAAUUCCUGGGCAGGCUGGGCUACGGUCUGUUCACUGGAGAGAGGGUGAAGACGUGCGGGCUGGGAAUACGGCCAUCACGGCUAACAUUCUUUCCUGACCUCCUGAGCGCCAUCCCCGCUGGCCUCCACGUAACCAUCAUCGUCUUCUGUGGCGUUGUCAUCCUCUUCUCUUCCGUGGCCACAGGAUUCUUCUUCUUCAAUGCCUUCGGACGGCCGUAUGAGACGCUGCAAGGCCCCAUGGGACUUUACCUGUGGACAUUCAUCAAUUGCGUGGUCUCCUGCCUCGUGAUGAUCCUGUUUGCGGUGGAGGUGAAGCUCCACAGCCUGUCGGAGCGGAUCGUGAACUUUAAUGAGGUCAACUUUGUGUUUGAGACAUUCAGUGAGAGCUAUGACCGCUGCUUCUGGGUCUUCUUCCUGGUCUUCCUCCUGCAUGCCGCCAACCUCCUGCUCACACGCCUUACCGGGGUAAACUUCCCCUUCCAGGACACCAAGGAGGCAGAGCUAGGUGGCGGUGGGGCGGCUGAUCUCAUGUACUGAGACGGUGGAGGACGGAACAACAACACAGAAGGAGGAGCUUAGAGACCGCAGAGCUCUCGAAUGCUAACACCUGAUUGGUUAUCGGCAGAGGUGUAGAAUGACUGACCACGUUUACUCAGAGAUAACCUUUGCCUGAGAAGUUCAUGGGAGAACGUGAUGUCAUCAGCAAAGAGAGAAUGGUUCCUCAUCCUUUAACAGCCCAUGAAUGUGAGCGCUCCUCAAUAACCGGCCAAUAAGGGA